AUGGCCCGUCUGGAGGAGGGACUGUGGGCAGAGCCUCAUCUCCAACGAAACCAGUGCGGACGAGAGGCAAAGAUGAAGGACUCUGUCCGUUUCGCCCUGCUCAGCUCAUUUCCUCAAAAGGGCCGCCAACAAACAAAUGUACAAACCCUUGCCCCGUAUGAGGAUGCUACACCAUUGAACUUUGUUUCCGACAAAGUCCACUGGAAUCCGACAAAGUCAAUCCGAACAACAAGAAACACAUUUCUGCAACCUUUCGAUCCCGUCGCCAAGGCUGGCGUCGCGCCAUCCGCACAUGAGGCGUUGGCGCCGUGUGCGUGCGCAUUUGCAGGGUCCACCGCUUGUGCCGUCGAUGGCAGCCACAGAAAGAGUACUAGUAUGGAAUAG